AUGCCAGUGACCCAAAUUAAUAAUGUUGAAGCCGUUGCGAAGUUAAAGGAUUUGGCAACGUGGCUUUACGAAAGUGCCGAGAUGAAGCAAGAAAAGAAUCUUAUCAAAUGCGUGGACGUGGAUCGUUAUAAGAAGACGCUCCCUCUACUGAAAGCAUUGGGGUACGACCAAAUACCGCUGAAGAGUUCACAGGGCCAUGGUUACCAUAUAUACCGCACAUCCGGAGAGACGGAAAUCAUCAAGCGACCUGAUCUCAAGACACUGUUUUUCCCUUUGUCUGUCGGCUCCGGAAAUAACAGUAUAGCGUCAGGAGAGGUACAGGUGGCGGGCGAAACGGUCGCACCUGGCAGUUUUAUACAUUUGGACAGUACCUUGACUAUCACCGCGCAGCUAGACUGUCUUAUUGUCUAUUUGCCGGAGGGAAAAUGA